UUUUUUAUUUUGGGGGCUGAGGUCGAAAGUAUACCAGCCUGUUGUUCGUUGUGAUCAGUGCUUGGCGAUUUGGACAACACAUUGCACACUGUAACUGGAAUUAAUAACGUUACUUUCUUUGUGGUGACAGCGGUACGUCGCAGUCGGGAGAUUCAGAAGAGGAGAUAGGGGAAUGGCAGACCGCAUGAUGGCUAUGAACCAUGGACGAUUCCCCGAAGCUGGAAACGGUCUUCAUCAUCACCACCCUGCGCGUAGAAUGGGAAUGGGUCAGUUUUCAAAUCCACAUCACCAUCAGCAGCAGCAGCAGCAGCAGCAGCAACAGCAACAGCAACAGCAGCAGCAGCAUGGCUACAACGGGUUAAUGGCAGAUCAUUUGCACUACGGCGGGGGCAAUGUGAACUCGAAUCACGGAAUCAGACAUUCUAUGGGGUCUGGGAAUGUAAGCGGGGUCCAUCCGAGCGGCAACAUGCCUCCCGCCGUGCGUUACAAUUCUCAAUACGUGGGACCCGCAGUCAACAGUCAAGGACAGCUCGCUGCCAGUAUGCAGUUGCAGAAGCUGAACACGCAGUAUUAUACCCACCACACGCAUCCAUCUCAUCUUCAUUAUAUGUCUGAGUUGCAUCCUGCGAACCAUCAGAUAAACGGACCGGGACAACAGUUCAGAGACUGCAAUCCAAAACACAGCACCUCCAGUUUGCCUCCGCCGGCGCACCAUGUGCCUGCAGCAAUACUGCCCCCCAACGUCAUUGACACGGAUUUUAUUGACGAGGAGGUCUUGAUGUCUUUAGUCAUAGAAAUGGGAUUGGACCGUAUAAAGGAACUACCAGAGCUGUGGUUGGGGCAAAACGAGUUCGAUUUCAUGACAGACUUUGUUUGUAAGCAGCAGCCCAGCCGAGUGAGUUGUUAAUCUCGUCAAGUGGACUUACUUUCCUUUCUUUUUUUCAAACGGACUACUAAAACAUUCCUUCUUUUUUGUUUUAUUUACAUACCGUGUGUAUCAAAUGGAAUACGUCUGCAGCGCGCUCGUGACUGGAUUUAGCUCUCGUGUGUUUAUAACGAUUUAUUACAGUAAAAUGUAGUACGUACUGCACACCACAGUUGACAAGGAUUUUGGUCUGUUUUACUUGUUGGGUUGUACUGCCAUCGCGGAUUACAUUUUGUCAGAAGGAUACAUGCUAUCAAAGUUUAUGCUAUGCAUUAUGAAUUAAUUUAAGGACAUUGAGAUAUGAAGAAAAUGAACAUGGGAGGCCUAGAAUCAAGUUAUGUUCUUUUCAUAGGAAAAGCAAAUGUUGAAAUGCUGUGCUAGCUCAAAUAUUUAUUUUCCUGCAUCAUUUAAACAUUGGAUUAGAGUGGCUAAGUAAUAUAAAAUUCAAAUUAAUGCAUCAUUCUAAAUUAUGUACGUGGAUGCUUGUAGGCAAGUACUGUGUUAAUUGUUCCGGACAAUAAUAUACUGUAAAAUUUAGUGGCCAUAUAUUUACCAGAUAUCUGUGCUGUUAAAUGAUUUGUCUGAUUACCAUGGAAGAAAACUGCAAGAUGGGUGUUGUUGUUUUUCCCCCCUCCCUCUGAAACUAGUCUCUGAAAUGUAUUGUCUGUAAUCACUGAUGCCCUUGUUCAGAAUGACUCUUGGUUUUGGUUCAGUAAGAUUCGUGUACAACUGAUAGAGGUCACUGGAAUUUCUAUGUUUGGAACUCCAAUAUGGUGGGGGGAGGGUGAUGUGUUUGCUUUCUUCAUGCUCAAAUGUGUCUCUAAAAGAACAGAAUAGAUAGUGGAAAUGUAUACACUUUCCUCAGUAUUUGACACCCUCCCCCCACUCCUUUAUGUAUUGACAGUAAAUGGUGUGGAAUGUUGACAGGGCAAGAGAAGAUCAUUUCACAGGGUUCUUCUUCCUCGUUGGUUUUCAGAAUUUACACCACUGUGCUUAUUUAGUUUAAUGCGAUAUAUGGCAAUACUACUGUGUUGAAGCUUUCUAGGAAAGGUUGACAGUAUUUUUGUACAUUUUUUAGAAGAAAAUGUUAAUUUAUUAUAUUUUAAUUUGCGAACAUAAAUAAAGGCUGCUGAAAUGCA